AUGGAAUACGCAUACGCUCUCAUCGAUAGAGGUUACGUACCUGAUAUGGUACUACGGCCUGUGAUUCGAAAGUUGUGUAGGAACAGACAGAGGGAGAUUGAUCAUGGUCACCUCGAAGCCAACCACGCUGCCAAGCUAUCCUUCAUCUCGGAUCUGUACCACCAACCCAUUGCUGUACACCAAGACAAAGCCAAUGAACAGCACUACGAGAUUCCAACUUCUUUCCUCCGUCUUUGUCUUGGACCGAGGAUGAAGUAUUCUUCUUGUUUCUGGCCCACACCUACUUGUUCUCUGGUAGAUGCGGAGGAUGCUAUACUUUCGCUCUACUGCCAAGAGGCAAGACUCGGGUUAGAGGGUUUGAAGAUUCUUGAUAUGGGUUGUGGAUGGGGAAGUUUGGGGUUGUUCCUUGCUGAGCAUUACCCGUUGGCUGAAAUUACUAUGCUAUCGAAUUCCCGCACUCAGAAAGAAUACAUUGAUUCUAUAAUUACAGACAAGGGAUAUGAAAAGGUCGAAGUGAUCACGGGUGAUGUGGCGACUUACGAAUUCUCUCCUUCUCAAUUCACCCAUAUCCUCUCUAUAGAACUACUCGAACACCUACGAUCCUACCCUCUCCUUUUCACCAAAAUCUCAACCUGGCUACAACCCCAUGGAAUCCUUUACAUCCAUAUAUUUUGUCAUCGAACCCAACCAUAUCUUUUCCUUCAAAAAGACGGAUGGAUGGCUCAAACUUUCUUCACUGGAGGUUGCAUGCCAUCAUUUGAUCUCUUUCUUUAUUUCCAAAAACAGUUCACUAUACUCGAUUCUAAAUGGAUGAACGGACGACAAUAUUCACGUACAUUAGAAGCUUGGUUGAAGAAUCAAGAUAAGUUUCAGAAAGAUGGUUUGGAGAUAUUAAGGAAAGAAAUGGGUUGUGAAGAAGGUGAGAAAACGUUUUGGAGGUUUAGGGUUUUCUUCAUGGCUUGUAGUGAGUUUUUCGGCAUGGAUCAAGGUGAGACUUGGGGUGUGGGGAGGUAUUUGUUUGAGAAGAAAUGA